ACAACUAGGCAACAUUCCUCAAGCAAUUCCUGAACUUUCUUCUUCAUUAAUCUUCCUCAAAUAUCAAACUCCUAUCACGCUUACACUGAUUCUACGCGUGAGUCGGAAACUAGCUUGUUCUGAAAAUCCAGGUCUUACAGUUAGGUUACUAAUGUGACUCAUCACUUGAGAAAUUGGGGCGUUACAGAUCCAGACAACGGGGUCCCUUGCUGAGACCGCAGAUGCUGCCAUGCUGAGUUUGAGCCGCACCUCCGCCCUCAGGGGAUCCCUGCUACAUAUUCGGGAGAGGCGGUGGAGGGUUACAUGAGGUGGUAUAGCAGAGUGUCCCAUGUGUUCAUCAUCCCUGAGGAUAGGAGGGAGGAGCUUAGUGUCGUGUCUGCUAUACGUAGGGGUGUGGAGUUGUUGGAGCAGUCACUGGAGGUGCCAGGUGCUCUUGCUCCAGGGACACAGCCCCGAAUCCUCACUGAGAGGGCGCUUGAACUCUUUCGACGGAGUUCCUUCGUUGGUACCCAGGGAGUUGCCUUUUCUGCUAUUCGAGGAGCCGCAGCUGUGGGAGGCAGAGCUCGUGGAGGCAGACCCCGUGGAGGCGGAGCCCGUGGAGGCAGAGCUCGUGGAGAGGGUGAUCCUGGAGAGGGUGUUCGUGGAGGUAGAGCUCGUGGACCCAGAGGUCAUAGGGGGCGGGGUCGGGGAGAGUGA